AACGCAGUGUUUUACGAAACUUUGCAAGAGCACCGGAUACCGGAUCUCUGUGAACGUGCGUUCCAGAGAAUCGCUCAAUAUUCAAUAUUCAGAGAAACACGGAAACAUGGCUUGUCAGCAACCCUUCUUCAAUCCAAUAUUGCCAUUCACUGGCGCUAUCCAGGGAGCUCUUUAUGAGGGGAAGUCCAUCACUGUGUCAGGAAGAGUCUUACCAGGAGCCCAGAGGUUCCAUGUGAAUUUGAAGUGUGGCUCUAUUGGCAAUCCCGACAUAGCCCUCCACUUUAACAUCCGAUAUGAAGGCUUUCCAAGCGUUUUGGUCUGCAACACCCUGCAGAGCUCCAAUUGGGGCUCAGAGGAGCGUGUACACCCUGCACCCUUGACCCAGGGAGCCAACUUCACCCUCAUGUUCCUGGUCAACAAAGAUUUUUAUUCGCUGAUUUUAAAUGGCUCCCACUUCAUGAACUACCUGCACCGGCUGCCAUUCUCCAGAGUGAAUACCAUCUCAGUGGAUGGGGGAGUUGAAAUCCUAUCCAUUGCCUUCUCAAACCCAACAGGAACAGGUAGACAAAACCAAAAAACAAGUUUUCAACGCAAAACUCGUCCUCAAAGGUGUGGCGCUUCAAAGGCUCACUUGGCUGCAUCAUUUUCCCCUGGACAUUUUCAGGCACCCCCUCCAUACACUGCCCAGCCAUACAUCGCUGUGCCGUAUAAAAACAUCCUGGCAGGUGGAGUUUACCCAGGUAAAAACAUCACAGUCCAAGGCACGGUCAACUACAACGCUGAAAGGUUUGCUGUUAACCUACGUUUCAACUCGGGGGUGGCGCUCCACUUCAACCCCAGGUUCAAUGACAACGUUGUAGUGCGUAACAGUUUCCUAAAUGAAUCCUGGGGUCCAGAGGAGAAAAUAGGGGGUAUGCCCUUCUUCAGAGGCCAACCUUUUAUGCUGACCAUUAUCUGUGACACCCAGUACUACAGGGUGAUGGUGAAUGGAGCCCAGAUGUUCACCUACAAUCAUCGUCACUUCUUGUUCCAGCAGAUCGACAUAUUGGAGGUGGAUGGGGAUGUCAGUCUGUCCUCUGUGCAGAUCUGAGCUACAUAUCCGACCUGGGUUCCAAUACUAUUUUCAUUCAUUUUCAAGGAAAACAUAACAUUUGUAUAUGCAUUUACAAUUACUUUAAAAAUACAUUGUUGCAAGAAUUCUUUUUUUCAAGUAAAUUAUUUGGUAUGCAUUUCAAAUAGGUAAAGAUAGGUCUAAUUAUAUGUAUGGGACUCAUUUAUUUGAAAAUGUACAUUUAUUUCUAAUGUAAAAAAAAAGAAGCUCAGCAGAGCCUUUACUCUAAAUUAAAAAAUCUCGUCUGUACCUAUACAUAUAUUUGGCUGCCAUAGUGUAUUGCUUGCAGUUUGUACACUAACAUGUCUGUACACAGAUGAAGCCUAUUCCAGGCCAAAAAUCUAUUUUCAAUUGAGCUUGAUUUUUAGUGCAGGACUAGGUAUAAAGUCAAUGAUAUGUCAAUGAUAAUCAUGUUUAAACUAUACUUGUUCUUGAAAUGAUAAUGUGAAAGAUCUUUUGAGUUCUGCAUUCUGGCAUAUUAGUCAAAGAGAAAGUCGAAGUAUUUUUAUUGUCAAAUGCAUAAAAUAACAGUGUCGUUCUGAGCAGUGAAAUUCUAAUGAUUAUUAUUAUUGAUUUUUUUGUUGUUGUAUUUUGCAUCUCAGCAAACACUGAAUAUAAAUAA